CAGCCAAUCAGAGCGAAGACUGACGGAAACGACCCAAUCCUGGAGCCGGGCUGUGGGCGGGGGCGAGGACAAAUGGCUCAGGUGGACUCCUCGCUGGAGCUGUUUUGGAUCUUUGCUGCUGCUGCUCUUCCUGCUGCCGCCGCUGCUCAGCUGGGGUUCCGGUCACCAGCUUAUGGAGCCCGAUGUACCUGAGAACCAGAGUGGAAAAAAAUCUGAGAGUGUAAAUAUUGCCCGUACUCCACAGGUUCCACGCUAAUAUAUAAGGCUUGGAAGGAUCUGUCAUCAAUAGCCCGGCAGGCAAAGAGCCCUCUCGGGUUGGCCGGAAGUCAUGAGCCGUUUCUUGAACGUGUUACGAAGCUGGCUGGUGAUGGUGUCCAUCAUAGCCAUGGGAAACACACUGCAGAGCUUCCGAGACCACACCUUUCUCUAUGAAAAGCUCUACACCGGCAAGCCAGACCUCGUGAAUGGCCUCCAAGCUCGGACCUUUGGGAUCUGGACCCUACUCUCAUCAGUGAUUCGCUGCCUCUGUGCCAUCGACAUCCACAACAAGACGCUGUACCACAUCACACUCUGGACCUUCCUCCUCGCCCUGGGCCACUUCCUCUCCGAGCUGUUUGUCUUUGGGACCGCAGCUCCCACGAUUGGCGUCCUGGCACCCCUGAUGGUGGCAAGUUUCUCGAUCCUGGGUAUGCUAGUUGGGCUUCGGUACCUAGAAGUAGAACCAGUAUCCAGACAGAAGAAGAGAAACUGAGGCCAACGUUACCAGCUCCAAGACUCCAUCCUCCACCUUUGCUGUCCCCUACCUUUAUCCUCCCUCCUUUUAGUUCUUCUUUUCUGCACCAUCCUGAGCCCUCUGACCCCCUGCUAGCCUUUUACGUUUGGGGUUUUUCUUUAAUUAUGUUUACGAUACCGUAUAACUUUCAUACAGAAAAGUAUAUGAUGUGUACGAACAAUUUAAAGAAUCAUUUUAAGGUGGAUACCCCAUACCUUCCCCCAGACCAAGAAAUUGCCAGCACCUUCGAAACCCACUGUGUGCCCUUCCUCCACCAGCAGCCUCUUCCAGGACCCUUUUCCAGCCUUCUGCUUUUUCCCUUUUAUUUUCAUCCCUUCAUCUGACUUGCGUGGUGGGAACACGUGAACUGUGAAACUUAACAGCUGCUGCCUUGCCCAGAGCAGCAGCCUCCAAGGGCUGCUUCGGGGUUGCCCUCCCAGGUCGGGCUCCUCUCUGCUGCUGGACCCGAGACUCUGAACCAUCCGAGAAAUGGGCAGUUCUUCUAAGAAGGGCUCCCCUGUGAGUGAGCAUGGCUCAUAUCCUUGUGUCUACAAGUGGAUUGGGGUUGGAAGAGUCUGGGCUGUUUUUAGACCUUCUGGUCAGCUGUAUUUGUGUAACGAAUUUUGUAGUAAAUAGAAAAACCCUG